CCCCACGAAACAACCCUCCCCUGACAGCCCGUCUCCAGCCCCGUGUAACCGGAGCAGCCCGAGCCAUGGCAGCGGGGCUGAGCCGUCUGCUCUGUCUCCUCUGGACACUGACCGCCCUCGGGCCGGCGGCGGCGGCGGCCACGGCUGCCUCUGCUCCGUCCAAAGUUUACACCAACACCUGGGCGUUGCACGUCAGCGGCGGACAGCAGGAGGCCGACCGGAUCGCGGCCACGCACGGCUUCAUUAACCUGGGCAAGAUUUUUGAUGAUUACUAUCAUUUCCGGCACCAGGGUGUGGUGAAAAGAUCAUUGACUCAACAGAGUUAUCAUGCACAAAAACUGAAAAGGGAACCUCAGGUAAAAUGGCUGGAACAGCAAGUAGCAAAGCGAAGGAAAAAGAGAGAUAUCUAUUCAGAACCAAAUGACCCGAAAUAUUCACAGCAGUGGUAUCUGCAUGGUUCGAGUCAUUACCACCUGAAAGUGGAAGAUGCCUGGAACCAGGGUUACACCGGGAAGGGCGUUGUCGUCUCCAUCUUAGAUGACGGAAUUGAAAGGAACCACCCAGACCUGGUACAUAAUUAUGAUCCAGAUGCAAGUUAUGAUGUGAAUAAUAGCGACCCGGAUCCACAGCCUCGCUACACACAACUGAAUGAUAACCGACAUGGGACACGAUGUGCUGGUGAGGUGGCAGCUUCAGCUAACAAUGGGAUUUGUGGUGUGGGCGUGGCAUAUAAUGCCAGAAUUGGAGGUGUACGAAUGUUGGAUGGAGAGGUGACUGAUGCUGUGGAAGCUAAGUCUCUCAGCAUGAACCCUCAGCAUAUUGAUGUGUAUAGUGCCAGCUGGGGUCCAGAAGAUGAUGGAAAAACUGUGGAUGGUCCUGCUAAACUUGCACAGGAAGCCUUUUUUAAAGGCAUAUCUGAGGGGCGCAGAGGUCUGGGCUCAAUAUUUGUGUGGGCUUCAGGGAAUGGCGGCCGAGAACGAGACAGUUGUAACUGCGACGGAUACACAAACAGUAUCUACACUCUGUCGAUUAGUAGCACGACUCAGAAUGGGAAUGUGCCAUGGUACAGCGAGGCAUGCUCCUCAACACUAGCCACAACCUAUAGCAGUGGAGGUCAAUAUGAAAAACAGAUAAUAACUACUGAUCUCAGACAGAAAUGCACGGACUCUCACACAGGAACGUCUGCUUCUGCUCCACUGGCUGCAGGAAUCAUUGCCCUCGCACUGGAGGCAAAUAAAAAUCUGACAUGGCGAGAUAUGCAGCAUCUUGUCGUCCGAACAUCUAAACCCUCCCAUCUCUCCACAAAUGAUUGGCUGACCAAUGGUGUAGGACGCAAAGUCAGCCACUCCUAUGGCUAUGGCCUUCUUGAUGCUGGUGCUAUGGUUGCACUAGCUAAGAACUGGACAAGCUUGGGACCACAGAGAAAAUGUGUCAUCACCAUCACCUCUGAGCCAAGGGACAUACGAAACAGACUGGAGAUACGGAAAAAGGUUGACGCGUGCAUUGGAAGUUCAAACUUUAUCAACUCUUUGGAGCAUGUGCAGGCAAGAAUCACUCUGUCAUACAAUAAACGUGGAGACCUAGCAAUAUAUCUCACCAGCCCCAUGGGGACACGGUCUACUCUGCUGGCACCAAGGUUACAUGACUAUUCAUCUGAGGGAUUUGUAGACUGGGCAUUCAUGACCACUCACUCAUGGGGUGAGAAGUGCUCAGGGGAAUGGAUUCUAGAGAUCGAGAACACCGCAGGCAUGAAUAAUUAUGGCACCCUGAGGCAGUUUUCACUGGUUCUGUACGGUACUGCAGAUGAUACUCAGAACGUCCCAAAUUUAGUGAAUACUAACCUGCAAUCCAACGACUGCAAAACAUUCAGCUCUGAGCAACUGUGUGUGGAAUGUAAAGGUGGGCUUUACCUGCAUCAGGAGAGCUGUGUGCGGGAGUGCCCAGCCAGCUUCACUACAGGACUUAAAGAUGUUCACAACCCAGUCAGUAACGACAUUGAGCCUCUGACAGUCCACGUCUGCAUUCCUUGCCAUACCUCCUGCCACACUUGCAGCAGGUUGACUGCCAACAAAUGCCUGUCCUGCCCACCUCAUUCACACUACAAUGAAAUCGAUCUGACUUGCUCACCUCAAAUGCAAGUCAGCAGGGAGUCUCCCUCCGAGAAUGAGGUUGUUACUGUAGUAGCGGCCUCUGAAUCCCAGGUUCUUGCUUGGUUUGCUCUGACCGUCUGUGCCUUUAUUAUUAUUCUAUUUUUUAUAAUGUUUGUAGUUCUUCAGAUUCGCUCAGGAUUUCAGUUCAGCAAAAUGAAGGUCUACACCCUGCAAAAUGGGAGCAACAGGAACAUAUCAUAUGAAGGCAUUUCCGACACGCUGAAGGAUGCAGAUUUAUCCGAAUCCGAUUCUGAAGAGUUUGAUGUAGACGAACAAACCGAAAGAACUGCAUUCAUAAAGAAAAUACAAAGUGUCCUUUAAUAUUAUGUGAACGUUCCAUCCCAUUGCUGAAUGAUUGUGUGUCUCAUUACCAAGACUAUCAGGAAAUGUCUUUAAAAACAAAAAUAUUCCCUCUUGAAAAUGCUGUUAGAAUACUUUUUGUUUUUAGAGAUGUUCCCUUAUAGUUGAACUAUCAGCAAUACUGGAAACUGGACCUUUUUCACAACUCCCAGCCAAGAUAGGCCGUUGACCGAGCCCCUCGCAAAGCCUGGUCAAGGAUGGAAAGUGCAACUGUGGAAUGGAAUUUAGUACUUUUUAAAAUUUUUCAUUUGCUAAUAGCACUUGGUGAAAUCUCAAGUCUAAAAAAAAUCUUAUUCUUUGCAAGUUGACAUUACAGUUUAGGGGUUCUUCAAAAUAAUUUGUGUCCCUCAACACUCACUGUGUGAACUGGAUCCAAAUUUUGAGUUGGUGAUGAUAAAGACAUGCUCCUAUUAUGUUAAUUAUUUAACAGCAGAGCCCAUGGCUUCCAGCAAUGUCAUAAUUUGGAUAUAUGUAGGGUAUAAAUCUAGUCAUUGAAGAUGACCUACAAUAUUGAUAUCUUAGAACAAGGCUGUUAUUGCAGUAUAAUAAACUAGCACUUUAUUGCAUAGUCUAUUUUGACCUUUGCUUGGCACCCACCGGUGUUAAAUAGUGGCUUCCCCUGAUUUCACCAAAGGAAUUCUUACCUUUCUGACCUUUAUCUUGACAAAGGGUUGUCUCACAGGCCAGUCAGCACAGCAGAAUAGGCUGAAACUGGAUGCGCAGAGCCACAUUUUCUGAAGGUUGAUCACAGCAGAGUUUUGGUUUGAAGAAUUGCAGAUUAACAGGUGGACUAACAAACCCACUGGUGCUCAUUUACAAUUUAGUGAGUUUUAAAGAUCACCAAUGCUUAAUAUAAAUGUUUUAUCUCUUCCACUUGUGCAGGAAGCACUUACAUUUGGGAUUCACUUAUUUUGUACUUUGUAGAUAUUAGAAUUCAGGAGCAAUCAUGAUUUAAAAUGCUACCAAAGUUCCAUUCUACAGUUCCUGAAUGGUCUCAGAUUUUCACGUACUUGGAAUACAAUACAGACCAUCUUUUCCUUUUGGCUUCAAAAGCCUCCUGACCAGUGAUGCUUUGCUGUCCUUGCGUUUGUGCUGUGAAAAAUGUCUCCACUGCAGUAACUAAUGAGCACAAACACUUAAUGGGAGGAUUUUUUUUCCAGGUUGGGAGGAGGGAUGAGGAGGGCUGGUGGUGAAUUGGGGAUUCGUGACUUUUGGACAAAAACCCUUCAAACCAUUGAAUGCUCUCAGGUGAACUCACUAUUGACAUCAGACAAUUUAUUUCAAUGAAGCAAGGUAGCAAUGUCGAGAUUUAUUUUAAACAAGUUAUUUUCUUUUUUGUGUCCAUUAUAGAGCAGCCAAAGUUGACUCACAAGAUAACUUUUUACCUUUCCUAUAAUAUAUCCGUUUUCUCCUCUUCCUACCUGGUCAAAGUCUCUAUCCACUUUCUAACCAGAGCCUGGCCGCUAUUAGAAGUUCCAAGUAUAAUUUGCUCCAAAUGCUGAAUUAGUGGGCUUCACUGCAUAAACACUACAAGGGAAAUUAUUCAGGCUCAUUGAAUAUGAAGAAUGGGCAGUGGAUGAGUCCAAAAUUGGAAGAUAAUAAGUGUUUGUCUUUCAGAUGUUUGCCUCUGGAUAAGUUGAACAUUGCAAGUCAACAACAACAAGUCAGUAUUUCCAUUAACCAGGCUUUGACUGGUGCAGGCAUACCAGGAAACCCAAGUACCUCAUGUGUCCAUUUGUCAUAUAGGAACCUAGACAAAGAGCACUCACUGGGGAUUAAAAGAGCAUUCUAGCCAAGCACGUGGACACACCUGCAUAACCUAGGGUGUGUCCAUUGAGAUCAGGCUUGGCUAUAAGGCUCCCUGAAUCGCUAGUCGUUGCUUUUUGUCUAGGUUGCUAUAUGAAGAAUGGUCUUGCAGGUGGCCUACUUGGGAUACCUGAUACCCCUGCAACCAGCCAAAAUCUUAACAGAAAAUGAGAGGAACUUUGACUUGUUUGAACGCGUGUUGAGUGGCACGGUGUGAUUUAAAUUUUAUCAAAUAAAGCAAUAUGAUUUACGGGCCUUAUGAGAGGGGCACAUGGUUAGCAAUCAAUGCAUUCAUAACAGUAAAUGUAAAUAAUUGUAAUAUAAAUCAUGCUUUGAUAAUAUGUAACUUUUUCAUGUAUAAAUCAGUUGAGCAGUGUGUACGCACUUGUGUACAUCGCAGGGAGCCUGGGUCCGGUGAUUGCAGUGUGGCUAUGGGAGAAUUUGCCUUUGUAUUUUGCCCUGCAAUGCAUUGGGAUAAACACCCAUGUAGGUGGGGAAGGAAUAUAAAGAACUAAACAGAGCAGUGUCACACUGUAACACUCUAGCUUCUUGCACAGAACCAUGAUCAUGUUGCAUCCUCUGCACCAAGGUUCAUUCCUCAUUGCUCUCUUGGUGCCCCAACCAUCACUGUAAGGUACCGAGGGGAUGAGGAGACUCAUCAGCUUUUUGUACCAUAAUGUGAUCAAUUCAGGCUCAGAAUGAUCAGUUCCGUGCAUCUCUGAGACCUUGUCACUGGAUUUGAAGACUGCCCCAAAUUGCCUUGUUCGGAAUGCACUUUAGACUGAGUGACAAUCUAGGCUUUUGCUGAACCCUAAAAGUAUCGCCCACAAAAUAGCACUUGUACGAUACAGGUUUUAGUAUUGUGUGUGUUUGUAAGAAUCCCACCAUAUUCCACGCGACCCAAACUCUGAACACAAUCCAGGUAAAAUAACACUACUUCCUAUUUGGGGGGGGGAAAACUAUUGAGUUCUAUUUGAGUCACAAGUGCAAAAGCAUUAUGAAAAUGAAGAGAUUAUCCUGACCCUUUUUUGUGUGCUUCCUCUGUUGAUGGCAGAAUUCACUGUUCAAGUUCUAAAUUGCCGGCCUCCAACUGCAUCAUCUCCCAAGCCUCUGUGAGCCGCUGUAAUUGAUCUAUGGGCGAUGACUCUGGUAGAGAAUAGUUCCUUGCAAUCCCAUUAAUCAAUCGCAAUUAAGCUUUUUUUAUAACCAUGCAAAUGCUGCAGAAAUGUUGCACAAUUAUUUCUGAUUAUGUAUAGCUAGAAUUCACAGUAAUUGCAAAUACUUUGGCGAGACGGGUUCUUUUCUUUUCCUCCAUUUUCUCCUUCCCCCCCUGUUAAUAUUUCACAGUAUCACACUUGUGUUCAUCAUUCCAAAUCCAGAUCUUAUUAAUCACACCACCCGAAAACUACUCGCAAAUGCGGAGUUCAAUUGAAAGGGCUACAUACCCAAUUGCAGUCGUGUUCCACAGUGCAGUGCAUUAAACACGAGACAUUGGUUGCCUUGCUGUGAUGUGAAGUCCCGUUGCUUUGAUGGUGAUUAUUAUUGUUGGACAAUUUACCAAGAUAAGUGAACAGACAUAUUUUUGUACAAUAUUAUAUAGUGCACAGUAAUUUUCUUGUAAUAUAAAAAUGGCUUAAAACAAAUUACUCUUUUAUUAUUUAAUGGAUGUGGAAAUACUGUCAUAGAACCUACUUAAAGAAAUUAAAGAACAGUUUCAAAGCAAAA